AUGCUCUUUCUCUAUAGCCCUGUUGAAGUCCUUCUCGAUAAAGGGGUUAUUGCCGUGGUCCCGAUCCCUGGAAAGAUGACUGCCCCGACAACAUGGCGAUGUGUGGUCCUAGAUGAGUCUAAGGGCAAGGACAUGGUGUAUGAUCACGGCAACGGAAUUCACACCAGGGUGAAGGACUUAGAUGGACAGGUCUUACAGUUCCUCAACGAUAAUAAGUACCUGCAGGCAAAGAAGCUGCAACUCGCCGAUGUUACCGAGAAGGUCGAGGCAAAGAGAUUCUGGCCGUCGGAGGGCGCUUACUUGCACAAGUCGACUCUCAAGACCCUUGCUCGUUGUUUGCCAUAUGUUAUGGUGGUGUCACCUGGUGUGGCAGGUGAGCCUGACCAGAUGCCGCAAGGAACUGGAACCUUGACAAGUGACAAAGGACGAGUCCUUGGUCAAUUUGAAGUUGAAGGCUCUCAAUAUAUUUUCGUCGGCAACUUGACUGGUUUCGGGCAGUCUUUCUCCAUUCCCAAUGCCGACAUCACCUAUGAUUCAGCCGACCAGUUACACAAAGAAUCUGAAGAAUUCGAAAAGUUACCCAUAGAAAAGGACCAGAUUGAACUUAAGCUCAAGAACGGGGUUGCCAUCACGGGCGGGUUUGAUAUGCCCUUCAGCGAUGGCGAGGUCAAGAAAGGGACCGUUAACCUCCGUACGGAGGAUACGCACCCCAACAAUACGGAGGCCCUCCUUCAGGACCUCCGCCCCAGGGCUAUCAGCAGCCUUACGGUGCCCCUCCCCCACAGGGCCAAUACCCCCCUCAGCAAGGCCACUACCCCCCCGCCUCAACAGGGUCAUUAUCCUCCACCCCAGCAAGGCCACUACGGUGCCCCUCCUCCGCAGGGAGGUCAGUACGGCGCGCCACCUCCUCAACCCCAUGGAUACCAUGCUCCGCCCGGGCAGCCUCCAUAUGGCCAACAGCAGCAUGGUUAUGCCCCUCCAGGCCAACCGCCCGCGGGAUACCCACCUCCAGGCCAACCACCCGUUGGAUACGGCGCACCACAAGCCGGCGGCUUCCCGCCCCAGGGUAUUCCGUCACAGCCUUCACCCGGUUACAUCCCUGGUCAAGUAGCACCAGGCGACUACCGGCCCCAAGCAGAUGCGCUCCGCAAAGCAAUGAAGGGCUUCGGCACGGACGAGAAGGCCCUGAUUGCAGUCCUCUCGCAACUCGACCCUCUCCAGAUGGCCGCUGUCCGCGACACAUAUUCUAAGCACCUCGGCCGCGAUCUGUUCAAGGAUGUCAAGUCCGAGACCGGAGGGGAAUUCCGCGAUGGCCUACUUGCCGUGCUGGACGGACCACUUAUGCAUGAUGUCGAGAGCGUGCACUCGGCAAUCGAUGGCGCUGGCACGAAGGAGUGGCUACUUAACGAGAUCCUUCUCGGCCGCUCCAAUGCCGAUAUGAAUGCUAUCCGGACCGCCUAUGAAAUGAGAUAUAGGCGUUCGCUUUCUAAAGAUGUCGAAGGCGACCUCUCCUUCAAGACGUCCACUCUGUUCGCCAUUGUCCUUCGCGCUGCUCGCACUGAAGAGUCUGUCCCUAUCAACCCGCAAACCAUCGAGGCGGAUGUUCGCUCCCUGCAAGGGAAGAACGUCACAGAGGUGUGCUCAAUCUUCGCCAAGGCGUCCAAUGCCGAGCUCCGCGCUAUUAGCCAGGCUUUCCAGUCACGCUAUCAUAUUCCACUUGAGAAGUAUAUCGAGAAGGAAUUCUCGGGUCAUAUGGAAGAUGCGCUGCUCUUGAUGCUCCGCUCGGCUACGGACCCUGCCAUGCGUGAUGCUAUCCUACUCGAGGAAUCCAUGAGUGGUAUGGGCACCAAGGACGAGCGCCUUGUUGUUCGUGUUGUUCGAGCCCACUGGGACCGCAACCACAAGGGGAUGGUCAAGCGCGCGUACCAGCACAAGUACGGGAAGAACUUGAUUGAUCGCGUGCGCGGCGAGACAUCUAGUGAUUACCAACGUUUGAUGAUUGCUCUUCUUGAGUAA